GGAAAACAAUCAAAUCUCCCUGCAGAGGCUCAGUGAAAUCAAGAAAUGAGAAUGUUCGCUAAAAAAAGGUGUGUCUUUGUGUUGCAGUGAAAGAGAGAGAGAGAGAAAUGUGUCAAACUUUAAAGAAAGUGGUUGGACUGGCUGCUGAAGUUGGUCACACAGUCCCAAAACAUCUGAACAACUCAGCACUCAUGCCUUUGACCAAACCUAUUUGUGGCCGUGUGGGUGCUUCAGAUUAACAGGACCCGGUCUCACAAUGCAGCUUUGUUGCUGAAACAGAUUAACACAUCAAGUGACCGGAGGUGUAGGAGUCCCCCGCUCUCUUUUUCUUUCCUUCUCUCCCUUCUACAACAUUCGCCGAGAACUCUGCCGCCACACAUCUCGAGCCACAGCGGGUACAAUGGCCAGACGUCCUCAUGUUGCAUGAUAUGUGACCCAGUUGUCCUUAUGAGAUCCAGGUUGGUCGCUGACGCUGAGCUCAGACGAACUCCAGAGAGCAUUGUCACACUGGUUUCCUUCAUGUCACUCCACAGUCAGCCAGCAAGUUGGCCAGAAAGAAGCAGCAGCAGCAGCAAUGACAGUCACAUACUCUCGCAGGGUUGCUGAUGCAGGUCUGGGGACCUUCUUUAACCUGCUUCUGCGAUGGAAGGGCAGCAUCUAUAAACUGCUCUACAGAGAGCUCAUCAUCUUCACUGUUCUCUACUCCUUCUUCAGUGUCGUUUAUAGGUUUGUGUUAAGUGAUGACCAGAGGAGGCUGUUUGAGAAGCUGGCUAUAUACUGCGACCGCUACGCAGAGCUCAUCCCUGUGUCGUUCGUGUUGGGGUUUUAUGUGACUUUGGUCGUGUCACGUUGGUGGGGCCAGUAUGAGAACGUCCCCUGGCCGGACCGCCUGGCAGCGCUGGUGGGAGGUCAUGUUCGUGGAGCGGACGAGGCCUCCAGGCUGACCCGACGAACCCUGAUGCGAUACGCCAACCUCUCUGGCGUGCUCAUCUACCGCUCUGUCAGCACUGCCGUCUACAAGAGGUUUCCCACCAUGGAGCAUCUGGUGCAGGCAGGUCUGAUGACGUCGGAGGAGCUGAGGCACCUGGAGGACUUGCCCUCUCCUCACAACAAGUUCUGGGUGCCCUGCAUGUGGUUCGUCAGCCUGGCUCUGAGGGCUCGCACUGAGGGUCGCAUCAACAAUGACGUGGCGCUCACAGCCAUUCUCACUGAGUUGAAUAGUUUACGGGCAAAGUGUAUGAAGCUGUACGGUUACGACUGGAUCAGCCUGCCUCUUGUCUAUACUCAGGUGGUGACGGUGGCGGUCUACAGCUUCUUCCUGGCUUGUCUGAUUGGUCGCCAGUUCUUGGAUCCAGCUCAGGGGUACCCGGGUCACGAUAUAGACUUCUACCUCCCUGUUUUCACCCUGUUGCAGUUUUUCUUCUAUGUUGGUUGGCUGAAGGUGGCUGAACAACUCAUAAACCCUUUCGGUGAAGACGACGACGACUUUGAAACCAACUGGCUUGUUGAUCGUAACUUACAGGUGUCUUUGUUGUCUGUGGAUGAGAUGUACGACAGCCUGCCGCUGGUUGAGAGGGAUAUGUACUGGAAUGAAUCUGAACCUCAGCCUCCCUACACCGCUGCCAGCGCCGAACACCGCAAACCCUCCUUCAUGGGCUCAGCCCUCGAUAUCAGUGUUCCAAAGGAGGAGAUGGAGUUUCAGUCCAAUCUGGAGCAAAUCAAAGAACACGAGGAAGCCAACUACUCCACCCCGCUGAUUGGAGGGCUGGGUCGUCUUCUCGGCGUCCAGUCCCCAAACUUCCCUCGCUCCUCCCGGGUCUCUCUGCUGCGCCGACGCCCUGGAGCUCCGCUAAGUCGCUUCCCUCUGUACCUUCAACAGGAAGGACCAUCGCCUCCGAGUCAAGCCCGCCAGCCUUUGAACCAAGAGCGAGAUCCGGACUACGCCUUCUCCACCAUGCCCUUGUAUGAGAGGCCGGGUUUUUACAGCUGCCCACAAACACCCAUCCACUGUGUGCCCCCGACGGUGCCCCGCCCUCGACCAGCCCGGCGGACUCAGAAUGAGUGGGACCGCAGCUGCAGCUCCCUUGCUCAUCCAAUGGUGGGCUCACAGUUGCUGCCUCCUGACACCCCAAACCACGUCCCCCCACCUCCAUCCUCUGCCUUUCCCUGGCUAAGUGAGGACAGUGGGGUCCCCAGUGCCCCUACCUUCUCCUUCCCAGACCCACCUGAACUCUGCCCGAUAUCUAAACUCAGACCUGGACACGGCCUGCUGUCUCGCCGCCCUCCACCUCCACGCCUUACUCUGGACACCCUCCCCUCAGCUGACGCCCAGCCCGGACCCCCAAGUGCUCGAGCGGCAGGAAGCGGAGGGGAAAGAGUGUUCUCGUUCACUUCACCCGCUCGCACAGCGGCAGCAAAUCCCAGUAAUCCCAACAGCAGCUCUAACAGCAUUAAUGCAACAAGCACCAACAGCACUGGCACAACAGGAAGUCUCUGCAAUGGUGCAGGUCACAGUAAUUUUAGUAACCAUGGGAACUUCAGCGCCAGCAUGAGGGCGAGCAACGGGGGCACCAACGGCGGGCUGAGUAAUAACACAGUUUCCACUUCGGCGUCAUCGCAGCAAGAAACCAAUCAGCAGAACUCGCCCAAUGAUUCAGGAAUCUCAUUGGCUGAAGGGGACCUGCUGGGCGUUCUGGUGGACAGCGGGGUGAACAAGGCGACAGGGGAGAGGGAGCAGGACUGAGAAAAGGUGUGACAGACUGUUUUUGUAUCACAUGUGGCUUUCAAAACAUUACACACGAACAGGUCCUGAUCUGCGCUCCAUCGGACGCGCAUUACAGCCAUCUGAAGCCUAACACACAAACUGAAAAGUAUUUGUUGCAAACACUGAGUUAAUCUCUACUUCCUGAUAAGCUCUUAUAGAACAAUUAACCUACUUGUAACGCAAAAAGCACCUUAUGAGAUUUAACUGUCAACAUGCAAAGGAAAGGUUUCUACUAAAACUCAGCAACAGGACGCAAAAAUGUGUACAUUUAAAAAAGAACUAGUCUUCUGAGCAUUGUUCCCCAUCAGUGUACUCUUUAAUAAAUACUAAGCAUCAUAUGUUUUGUUUCUUUUGGCAUUUUGUUUUUUCAAUAAAAAAACUGAAACUUGAAAUUAUUUGAUUACUAUUUUAUUUUGUUAUACAAGGAAAUGAUUUGUACAGUUCAACUUAAAAUCACACAUAUUCAUAUAAUGUUCAUGUUAUAUAAAGCAAAUGCAGAGAGAAGAAGCCAACUGUACGAAGAAACAUUUUCCUGGGUCACAUCUGCUCAAACACGUCAGUGUGUUCGGAUAACAAACAUAUUUGAUUUUAAGCAGCUUCUGUACAGUCAGCUUACACAGACACCUUAUGUAGUUAUUCCAUAAAUACACGAUUGAUGCAACUCAAAGCUGAUGCAUUUAGAAGUGAAUGAUAAGUGAAUAUAUGGAGAGUUUAGUGUGUCAUUUUUAAUCACAGUAGUUAUAUGUUUUUGAAAAUGUAAAUUAAAGGAUGAGUUCAUACAGAUUUUAAAUAUUAGUCAGGAUCUCACGGCUUGCUGAAACUUGGAUUAUGCUGCAAAAGUGAUUUUAUUUUUAUUUUUUACAUUUUUAAACAACCUCACACUUCAGUUUAGGAAAAUGCUCUGAUGCUCCACAAAUGUUUUGCAAAAAGAAAAAAACUUCACCCAAUUUUCCCUCCACAUCGUGUUGAGAAGAUAAUGAUUUUUUAUCUACUUUUUUUUCACCUUUACUGCAUUUUACCGGGAAGUCCCACUGGGAUAAAGAUCCCAUUUACAAGAGAGACUUUUAAUUCAUCAUUCGAUAGCAGAUAGACCAAGUGGAAAUUAAAUAAUGAAAUCACUUUAAUUCAAUAGCUUUUAAUUAAAUGUGUCUGUAACCUGUCAAUUCAUUUGUCCCUUUGUUCACUCUUCAAAGUUUCCUUUUAUGCACAGUUUCAGUUGAUUUAAGUUUGAGUUAAGUUUAACAAUUUUUAAACUGAAGGCUAUUACAAUGAUGGAUAGCCUAAAUGUUCAGGUUUGAGAACUCUCAUCGCUUUAAAUAUCGUUAAUGACGCAAAUAUUUUGUUGCAAAAUCAGGAAAAAUUGUGGAUUAUAAAUUUUUAAAAAUAUAUGGAAUGCAAUUUAACACUCAGCUAAAAAAAAGGCUUGUAAAGUAAAAAAGUAAAACUUGAAAUGAUUUCACGAUACAUCUAAAAAUAAUUUCAUAUAUAAAAAAAUAUUACAACCAGAACUAUAAGUUUCCAUGUCAUUUGUAAUUUCCUUGUACUUUAAAUUCAAACUCAGACAUUAGAUUGUAGAGUUUUAGCAACUGUACUUUGGAAACAUGAAAAACACUGAACAGUCUGUUAAAUAUACGGAAGUAUGAGGCCUAAUUUAAAGGAUUUAAAGGUUUGCUUGGUCUUUAUUUCUACAAAACAUUAGUUUAGAAAGCUAUCUAUGCCUUGUGCAAAUUCUGCAAUUGAUUGACAACAUAAAUAAAGCAGCGUUAUCUGUGAUACAUG